AUGACCAUGAAGAUUGCCGUAGUCUUGUGCCUGUUCGGUGUUGCUCGUGCCGGAAACCUUUACGGCGGAUCAACACUCGGAUCAUCUGCCAUCGCGCACCACGGGCCAGGUCUCAGGACUAACCUUGGUGUCAGUAACCUCGGAUACGGAGCUAGUCUGGGUCAUGGCUCAGGUCUUGGAUACGGUACCAGUUUUGGACACGGUACAAGUCUAGGAUACAAUGGUUGGCAAGGAUAUGGAUCUACGUCUACUGGUUCGUACGGCCAUGGAGGUUACGGUAGUGGUUAUGGAAACUAUGGCGGCUACGGAGCAAACACCGCCUAUUCCGGACCAGAGAAGGCCUCUGUUGUCCAGUAUACGACAGUACACACGGCUGCCCCUAGUGCAUCCUAUUCCGCGGGAUUCGGUGGCCACAGUGCUUAUUCCCCGGCUAUCUCUAAUGGCCACCAAGGAUAUGGUGGUUAUGGACACGGCGGACAUGGACUUGGAUAUCAAGGUUACGCCAACAAAUGGUAAAAGUGUAAAAAAAUGUAAAUGUUUACUUUAAUAAA